AUGGACGCUGUGAUCGAACCGUUCGUUGACCCCGAAGUGCGGAUUUUCCUCAAUCGGUUCGCCGACGGGGCCUUCGAUGGGUUUGCCGGCAUUGUGUUCGUGCGCGAUGAUGCGCCGGCGCUGACGGCCUAUCAAUAUGCCCUCGAAUGGGUGCGGCAAGGCAGUGUCCGUGGCGCAACCCCGCCCUUGUUUCUGCUCAACACCAUACAUGCCGCAACGGCGCCGGUGCGGACGUUCAACAGGAUGCAGAUCGAAAAGCUCAUGGAUUUCCUGGCCGGGAUCGGGCUGCCUCGGAUUGGCGACGGUGAGCUUGCCCAGCAGGCCCGGCACGCCGGCCGCCGUCACAAGGCGCUCGCCGCCACGUUGGGAAGCGCAGAGGAUGCUAUGAUGUUUCGCAUUGCCGGGCGGUUCCUGCCGAUGCAGCGCCACGCGCAAUUGCUCGAAGAGGCGAUGGACCAGACCGGGCCAACCGACGCGGGCAGUGGAGUACGGCUUGGGAUCGUCGGCUCACCGCUUUUCAGCGAGCGGGCAUACACGACCUUUGGCAAGUACGGGCCCAUCGUCUGCGACCUUCAGCCCUUUGGGCAAAUCUGGCCGGGCGAUUGGGAAGAGGCCGAGACGGUUGAAACCAUGCUCGAGCUUUUGGCCGGUGACGCCUUCUGCCACCGUAUUUCGCCACCAAAUCGCUAUCGCGAGCGGGUGGUCGAGGCGCUGGUGGCAGCGCGAUGCGAACUGGUGCUCUGCCAACUCGCCCAGACCGACGACACGUUCGGGUGGGAUAUUCCCGAACUCUCGCGUCAGCUGGAAGAUCGCGGGAUCCGGUUCGUCAAUCUCGGCUUUCGGGAUGCGCAACCAGACGAUGCCUGGCUGGCGCGAGCGACCCGUGCCGCAACCGAAUACCAACGCGAUUGGCUGAAGGGUUUGCGGGCCGAGAUCACCUCGGGCGCGCAGUAUGCGUUUGUCAACGCCGACACCCCGCACGAGCUGUUCCACGCCAUGGGCGUGCCCAUCGUCACCAAUCAGUGGUGGUCGGCGGUGAUCGCGGCCAAGCAGCUCUCGGAAUUCUACUUCGAUCAUAUGCAGGCAAUCGGCUAUCAUGAACGGCUUGCGCGGUAUUCCAGCCUGCCGCUGAUUGCGGAACUGGAAGGUGACGCCGAGCGCCAGCCCUGGGGCGGAUUGCCGGUGCCUUCGAUGUUAUGCGCGCGACAGAGCGCCGACGACCACCAGAAAAUCUUUGCGCUCUGGGCGGAAAAGACCGGCGCACCGCUGACGUUGCUUUCGGCUCCGGCAGUGCCCGAUCCGCUCCCCGACUGGUGGAACCGGGCGCGGACCGACUGGGAAGCGCUCUAUCACGGCGAUCG